CCGCGCUCACCGUCGCACGCACGGCGAGUUCAGCAUGGCUUCCAUCACCGCCCCCAGCUCCCUCAACAUCCCCAAGGCGAAGCUCGGAUGCAACGUCCGCGGGCUUUCCCGUAAGGCGACCGCCGCGCCCAAGGCGACGUCUCGCUCGGUCGUUCGCGCGUCCGGCGCCGUCGGCGAGGUCCCGGACAUGGGCAAGCGCAACGUCAUGAACCUCCUCCUCGUCGGCGCGAUCGGUCUCCCGGCGACGUCGCUCGUCGGCGGCUUCGCGUACUUCUUCGUUCCCCCCGGCGGCGGCGGCGGCGGCGGCGGCCAGCCCGCGAAGGACGCGCAGGGCAACGACGUCAAGAAGUCCGCGUGGCUCAAGACGCACCUCCCGGGCGACCGCACGCUCACGCAGGGUCUCAAGGGCGACGCGACGUACAUCAUCGUCAAGGACGACGGCUCCAUCGCGGACUUUGGCCUCAACGCGGUCUGCACGCACCUCGGCUGCGUCGUACCGUGGAACAAGGCGGAGAACAAGUUCAAGUGCCCGUGCCACGGGUCGCAGUACAACGACGAGGGCAAGGUGAUCCGCGGCCCCGCGCCGCUGUCCCUCGCGCUCGCGCACGCGGCGAUCAACGACUCCGACACCGUGAUCUUCUCCCCGUGGACGGAGACGGACUUCCGCACCGGCCUCCAGCCGUGGUGGAAGUAAGCUCGUUCGCGUUACUCAUUUUGUCGCGGAGCGGGGGGUUCGUCGAGGGACUGGAUCUUUUACGAGAGGACUCGAGACCGCCCGAGGAGGACGGCGAAGGAGCGAUUGAACUUAUGAAUGAUGUCGGGAGAGAAGAAGCGAAGACGCCGCGGGGCGAGCGCUCGCGCGCGGGAGAAAUCUAGCUCCUCCGCGCGCGAGGCGCUGACGCGGCGUCUUAGAAGAGGGUGACUUGUGCAAUCGAGUAACAUUUACUCGUGAUC